CGCAUGCGCAGAUAAGAUGUCCGUGGCCGAUAGAGAGAAGAAGCUGGGAGCAGCAUACACGCGGGAAGCAGCAGCUACGCUGUAUGCACGACUGUAAACAUGCGGACACGCUCGCAACAAACCGGGUUAAGUAAAAGUUUACCUGAAUGUGAGAAUAAAAACAGUACAUUCAUUACCAAAGAGGAACCAAUUGAUCAAAUAAACCCCCAUGCCCCCCACACACAUGACAAAUAUGGAAGACAAAACAUACUGAAAAAAUUAUCCUCGUACAUUAAUCGUUACAACUGCAAAGAAAACCCACAUGUUGAUGGAAAUGCAAAGAGCAAACCAAUCACCAGUGUCAAGAUUUCUGCAAAACGUGCAGGUCGCAUCCUGUCUAAAGGGAGCAAGAAAGCCAAAAUCAGUGAAAAGGAGAAAAAGCCCAGGUUCUCUGAUCAAUGGUUGGAAGGUAAAUAUCCAUGUAAAGAGUGUGGCAUGGUACUGAAGAGCAAAAUGGACCUUAUGAAUCAUAACCAGACGGCACAUCGUCAUUUAAGACCAUGUAAGUGCCAUGUAUGUGGCAAGUGCUUUGUCAACCAGUCCGGACUGAAGAUUCACAUGCGCACGCACACGGGGGAUCGUCCUUUCACUUGCAAAAUCUGUAAAAAAGGCUUUACCCAGACGGGCUCUCUCUACACCCAUAUGAUUCUGCAUAGUGGUGUCAAAAGAUAUAAAUGUGAACACUGUGGCCACAGAUUUGCUAGAUGCAGUGACUUGACGUCACACCAAAAAAUUCACUCUGAAGAUAAACAGCACAGUUGUACCGAGUGUGGUAAACAAUUCCACCGUGCGGCACAUUUGCGGGAGCAUUUACUAAUUCAUGCAGGAGAGUUGCCAUAUUCCUGUAACAGUUGUGAUAAAAAGUUUCGUUCUUCUGCUAACCUUGCUACUCAUCAACGCACACAUACAGGAGAAAAACCUUUCAAGUGCACAGAGUGUGGAAUGUGCUUCAGAUUGUGGAACCACUGGCAAGAUCAUCUAACUGUGCACUCCAAAGAACGUCCUUAUUCAUGUGAGCACUGCGAUAUGAAGUUCUCACGUUUAAAUUAUCUGCGCAGUCACAUGCAGAUCCACACCAAUAACCGACUUUUUGUCUGUGAUGAUUGUGGUCAUUGUUUUAGAACUCGGAGUAAUUUGGCUGCUCACCAAGCUGUGCAUUCUGAAGACAGGCCACAUAAGUGCUCGCUGUGUGACAAGAGCUUUAAACAGCUCCAAGUGCUGACGGUACACAAGCGUGUUCACACCACAGACAGACCACACCACUGUAAGAUCUGCAACAAAACGUACCGCAGCAAUGCAGGGCUGCGCGUACAUAUGUUAACUCACACAGGUGCUCUUCCCAAUGUUUGCGGUGAGUGCAAAAAGGGAUUCAGAGAUCCUGGUUCCCUGACGAGACACCUCCGAACGCACACAGGGGAAAAACCUCAUAAGUGUGAGCUUUGUCCAAAGGCAUAUUCCCAGCUUUCUGGCUACUAUGCUCAUAUGCGUAUACACACUGGGGAAAGGCCUUAUAAAUGCACCUAUUGCUCUAAGACGUUUCGCCAUCGAAACGGCAUGAAUGCCCAUGUUAUGCUCCACACUGGACAGGCUCCUUUUCCAUGCCCAGAAUGUGGAAAACUUUUUAAGCAGACUGCUAGUUUGAAAAAACACAUGAAAGUGUUUGGCCAUAGUGAAGAUAAAUUAAAUCUGACAUCAGUAAAGCAAAAAGAAAAAUCCUGAUGUGUAAAUGAAUUUUUGUUCGGCCAAACUUGAAUCGAUUAGUUUCUACAAAUACAUCCCAAAAAAUGUUAUUUUAACAUAAAUACUAAUCUUGUUGUCAUUAAAAAAACCUUUAACUCUCUUAUAGUCUGCAUUUUAAAAAUGUUAGUAAGUUUAUUAGUAUUAUACAGAUUUUGAGCAGAAUACAAUUGGUCUGUAAACCUAUUUAUAGAUGUUUAUGAAAAUCCUGUUACUGUCGACAAUAAACUUGAACCAAAUGUCAUUGAAAGAGUUUGAAAUAAAAAGUACAUAACACUUUCUA